UUGUAUGUUAUGCUGCCUCUACACUUCUCUGUGCUCCACUUUUCAGGAUCAGAUGUGACUUUUGUCUUCAUCAACACCUCAAUGACAUGGACUGAAGCCCAGAGCUACUGCAGAGCUCACUACACAGACCUGGUCAGUGUGAGAAACAUGGCAGAGAACCAGAAGGUACAGGAGGUGGCUGGAGGAAAGUGGACCUGGGCCUGGAUCGGCCUUUUCAGAGACACCUGGAAGUGGUCAGAUGGAAGUACCUCCUCAUUCAGCUUCUGGAAGAACGGGCAACCUGAUAACAAGAAAGAGACUUGUGUGGCUGCAGACUUCAGCCAAUCAGGAACCUGGGAGGACUGGUCCUGUGACAUGGAGAGAGCGUUCAUUUGCUACGGUCCAGUGGUUCCUGUUUCAAAGAAAGUGAUGAAAGUGAAGUUUGAGAACAAGAAGAAUCUGGAUCUGAAUAACCCUGCUGUGAUGGAGGCCAUGUUGAAGCAGCUGAAACAGAAGCUGAGGCCCCAGGGGCUGGACGACAACAUCAAACUGAGCUGGAGGAAGCAGGCCGAUGGAAAAGUCUUCCACAAGGAAGACAAGAAGACAAACAAGAGGAGGAGGAAGAGGGAUGAGCUGUAAUGUUGAGCUGCUGCGUCUGUUUGCAUCAGAGAAAAGUCUGUUUCUUUCCUCAAAGAUGUGACGGAGCAGAAUAGAGCUGCACCAAUCAGCUGAUUCAUCCAUUAUUCUCUUUAGUGACACUAACUUAUAUGUAAUGAAUAGUUUAGUUUUCAUUUAUUAUUGUUGUAGUGAUUCUUACAUUCUUUAUUUUAGGCUACAUAACAUUUUAGUCAACUAAAAUCUGCAUCCCAGCCUCCAUACGUCUCCAGUCUUAUUCUGUAAAUGUUGCCGAACAUCAACAGAGAUCUUGAGUUUCCGUAGACUAGCUAUGGAUUACAAAUACUAAACAGAAAAAGAUCAUUCUCCGGGUUCAGAAAGUAAACGUACGUUAAGAAAUGUAUCCAACGGUCCAAAGACCAACAUCAGCAUAUUAUUAUCAGUAGGAGCUCGGUGGCAGUAGCUCAGUCCUUAGGGAACCGGAGGGUCGCCGGUUCAAGUCCCCAUACGGAUCAAAGUACAGAGUGUGGAUUGGUAGCUGGACAGAUGCCAGUUUACCUUCUGGCCACUGCCAAGGUGCUCU